AUGCUCAACAUAGCAAUAAUCCUGCUCUUCGUCGUGCUUAACUUUCGGUAAGUAAAGAAAUCCGAGGACCAGUUAAUUUCGGUUAACAGUAUUUCUUCGUCCUCGAGGCCUUUUUCACCUUCACAAGGCAGGGGGAAAAUAAUUUUGUUCAGAAGUGGUAAAAUUUUUAUUUAAAUUGAAACGCAAAACUAUUAAGUUAAAAUGACUGACACGAAGAAGAACUCGGUCUAAGAUAGCCAAGAUUUCAAUUUCCGUAAGGAUGGCAAUUUUCACGAUGCUCUUAAUCUCGCCCUUGGGCUAAAGUUAGCCAGGAUUUCAAAAGAGAUUGAAUAUCUUUAUAUCUAAACAUUAUAACUGCUCUUCUUUUUUAGGUCAUUUUUUAUUUAUUUUCUAUAAUUUUCUGAUGAAAGAAUUUUUUUCGCUGAUCAAUUUAUGAUUUACUUGAAGUCACAUCGAUGAUGUCCUGGACCAAAUGUUCUGAUCUGACUCGGAAAAGGAACCUACGCCAUGUAGAUGGCAAAGCGUGUCGAAUGAGAGUUGAUAGUAGGUCUCGACCUACUGUUCGACCCGCUACUUCAAAAGAUAGUUUGAAGAAUCUUUUUUUCUAGGGUAGAACAUUUCACACUUGUACAAAAUCAUUGUCCGAAACUUUUCCCAAGUUUUUUUCUUUUUUAGAUUCAACCGAGCAUCUUUCGCUAUUUCUUUCUUAUCAGACUUGUUGAUAUUCUUAUUCUCUUUCUCUUUAAACAACAGUUCAACCGUAGCCGAGGAUGGAGGUAAGAACACUUAAUUCUCCCCUUAGGAGUUCUCAGCUUCUUUGUAUCGGUUGUAUUUGUUUUAAUACUGAGCUUUGCGUCAAUCAAUCUCCAUGUGGACAAUGCAAAUAGUAGACAACUAGACACAACUGGACAAAGAUUAAUUAGUAAUUUUGCCUUUUCCUUGUUUGCUACGCAUAACUUCUUCUUCGAUCGCAUGGGAAUCGUAAUGACAAAGACGUAAAUUGGUAACAAUUUGAACUACCCCUUAAUGACACAGAAUCAUCCUAGAAAUUUAAAACGUUCCGUACUGAAAGCUCUUUUCGCGCUCUACCUUUACUAUACAGUAUAAUUAAGGCUUAGGUUAAAGUAAACUUAUAGACUGUGGUGAAUCAUAAAUGAAAGUCAGAAAUGUGAACUAGUUGGGCCCGAAGUAAAAGCUAUUUCACUUACAUUAAGACGGAAUAGCUUUUACAUCGGCUUCUGUUCCCAGGGAAGAACUGAAUGAUAAUUUCAUGUCUCCCCUUUUAUGAAUUGGCGUUGCACAUUAACCUCUCGGAAGUAAGCAGACCUUUUAGUACCAUUAAAGCAACUCUAGCUUCGUGUGUGUUUUCAAAAUUACCCAAGUUAGAAAGAUGUCCAACACAUGGAGAGAGGAGGCAAAGCAUGCACCGGUACUUCUGCGAUGAUAAGGCUGAGCCUAUCUGCAGCUGUAACAAAUUCACGUCUUUUAAGACUGUUCAUAAUGUUUUUUACACAUGUAUACUGGUAACAAUCGUAUGAUAAAACUGAAUAACUGGUUUAAAACAAUACACCUGAUUCUUAAAGUGAACAGUACAAACAAAUAGAGUAUAUUUCCGUUAGCAACCAAGCUCUGUUUAAAACCAUGCUCGCGUAUCAUUUCUUUACAGCUAUGUGCAGAAUGAAGACACGGGACAACAAAUGUUGUGUUUUUCCUUUCACGUAUAGAGGAAAAACUUAUGACUCAUGUGUCUCAAUCAGGGCUAACUCUAGGUGGUGCUCUCUAUCCCCCAGCUAUGAUAAAGAUAGAAAGUAUGGAUACUGUAAAGGUAAGAUCUAAAAGCUGUCAAGGAGCCAAGUCUCCGCUGUAUCGCGACUAGUGAAAAGAUAAUGAAUUUUAGUAGCUCAAGUUGGGCAGAGUCACCUUAAACCUUAACGAGAAAGGCAUCCACAAACUGAAAAGUUAUGUUGAGUGAGACAUGUGUUGGUGGCUUCAAACAGGGCUAGAAGGUAAGAUUACUGGAGAUGACCAAGCUUGGAUUUACGCAAAUGGAAGAUAUCUAGGGACCGAUAAUGGCCGAUGGAACGUUCCACAGAGGUAAAAAUGAAUUAUUACGAUCUUUACUUGAUUUUUGCUGGUUAUUGUUUUAAAGAAUCCUUCUGCAAUAAAGGAUUGUGCAUCAAAGUCACAAAAGGAAUUAUUACCCUUACGUUUACCACUGAUUUUUUCCAGUCAUUGGGAUGUGAAUUUAUAUGAUUUAGAAUUGUCUUUCUAUGAUCGCGGAAAUCAAAGCUUUCCUUUUUUUUUCAUAUAAUUUUUUAAAAAAUGAACCGGUAGCUUUACUUGUAAUUUUGGAUGUUGUGGUUGCUGUUCUUAAAAAUAGGAAAGAACGUUUGAAGUUCUUUGAUUCUUCCCUUUUGUCAUAGGAGAACAUAAGCGUUCCCACACUUGCAAUCUCACCCCGAUUUACUUGAGUCUCUUGAUCUAUCUGUGUUCUUUUUUCAGCUUCUUUUUCCCUGCAGAACUUGAGGUGGUUGCUAUUUAUGUGAAAAACAGAGGGGGCCCGUCAGGGUUCAUCGCUUCAUUUGCAAAUGGCAUUGUUACCGACAACGAGUGGAAAUGCACAACUCAGGCCAUACGAAACUGGCAAACCACAGCAUUUGAUGACAGCAACUGGCCUGCGGCAACAAUUCACACUGGAAACAGUGGCGGUGCAAGGGUGAAUGCAAUAGCAUCAGGCGCUAAAUGGAUUGGUCCAAGUAAUAAGAAUGCUGGCAGCUUUUAUUGUAGAAGACAUAUGACGUACUUUGGAGAAAAACCAAUGAUUGGCGGAAGUAAGUUGGGAAUGACCCAGUAGCCUGAACCCUUUUUCCCAUAGUAUAAAGCCUAUAUUCUUGUAAAGUAACUUCGUGGCGCGAUUUUAGCAUAAAGAAUAAGAGAAUUUGGAAUCGUCUAACUGUUCACAUUUUCUACACGUUUUUUUUACUUGUUUCUGAUACCACACGAAUAACCAGACCAAUAAAGUUUUCGUAAUCUAGUGUAAUUCCGGGUUUUUAGCCUCCUCAGGAUUUUCAUAAAUUCAAUCAUGAUAAUAUUAUAUGCACUCAGUUCUCGGGACAAAUGUGCACCAUAGAUCUGCAUCCCUCAGAAAUUCGGAUUCAGGCCAAUUAGCAGGUAUAUUAAUCAUUGAUUUCUUCUCUUUUAUAAACUCAGUAUAAUUAACAUUAAUAGUCACAGAAAGAAGCUUCUAGAUGGUCCCAAUCUAACUGAAGACAUUUUUAACAAGACAGAAUUAUGCUCGUAAUUAAACGGUUUGAAUAUAAUGGUCAAGGGAAAGUCGUAUAUGCCUUUUUUACUGAUGAAAUUUCGUUUUGUUGUACAAUACAGGUUGUGACAAGCCCCUUGGUCUGCAAAGCGGAUGGUUAACGAACAGUCAAAUAAGGGCUUCAUCGGUACUAGAUGGCCUAAGACACGCCGCAUGGAGAGCAAGGUUGUAUAUGCCGAGACAAUACAGCUUCGCAGGGGCGUGGAGUGCCAGGACAAACAAUUAUUAUCAGUGGAUUGAGGUUAUACAGGACAGGAGAUGAUAAAAGUCAACCUCGUUUUUAGCUAAAUUAUUGCUUUCAGACAUUGGCCAUAACGGCUGGAAAUUUACGUAAGAUAGCGAGAAAGUGUGACAGUCAUUCAUACCCUGAAUGCACCAUAAUAACGCUGUAAUAAGAGAGAUAAAUUAAGGGGCGAAUUUGGCUAAGUGCAUUCACAGAAUUCGCUAUUUUUAGAUAUUCACACUGACAGGUUAUCUUUCUUACCUGAUACAGCGGAUUUUUUACAGUUAACGAGCUAAUUUACAACUUGAUUAGUUUCCUUCACUUUGUUCAUCGCUGUAUGGAUUAGCAGUUGUGUUUCUGAGAGGCGAAAGUUAAUUGACAACUGAAGCGAGUCUCUUGAUGGCGAGAAAACAAAUUCUAUUUUGAACCUGAAAUCGCGUCUUUGACGUAAGUUCGUUCUAAUUCAAAGAUACGAAAUUCAAAGUAUUUUUCGUUUCAAUUUUUUUCUUUUCAUUGGCAACAAAAUCUUGAAAAGUGUAACGAAGAAACUUCAAAUCUCUCCCAUUAAUUGUUUUUAUAAGUUAACUCACAACAAAACUUGCACCGGUGAACCUCUGCGGUACUGCUAAGAAAAUAUGAGCUGUGAUGACACAUGCUUAUAUUAAAACUCAAUAAGGGAAAAUUACGCCUAGAAAUUGUGCAAAUUAAUUCGGUUUUCGGUUGACGUGAAGACAAUCUUCUUUCCUUGCUGCUGGUAAUGCCGCUUUUGGUUAUAGGUCAGAAGCUUCUGUUUUAGGUAAUUCGUAAAACUAUUUUUAAAAUGCACAUCCUAAUCUUACCUUUCCACUUUUCUCUUUCUUUAUCCUGGGUAAAUGUUUUUCAAAACGGAACUAAUUUAUCCCAUCGAAGUCUUCUAAACGUUUAUGAAGAGGUGAAGUGUUACCACAAGUGCUUGCUGCGCUAAUCGUUUCGCGCUAAAAAAAACGCGGCUACGAAGUGACGUCACAACUCGUUCCAGUCUUCUUAUUUGUGACUUCGAUCUGUCAAGAGAAGUUAUGAUAUGAUCGGAUGAUAUGAUCGGAUGAUAUGAUCGACUGAAAUAUAGAGAGCAGAAAUAAUCAAACUGUAAAAAUGAGCGAUAACGUUAAAAUCGGUAAUUUCACCGAUGAAAACAAAGAAACUGUCAUGAGGUAAGACCUCCGAGGUUCAGAAAUCUGAUUUUCAUAGCUUUAAACGAUCUUGCGCAAAAACAACACAUUCCUCGACACUAUGGCUACAUGGGCAUUUCAUCUGUGGAUUUUUUUUUAAUUUCUUUGGCUCGAUUUCGAUUUUCAAGUUUUUUAUAGAGUGAACGUUGUUAUUGAAUCAACUUUCCUCUGAAGCACUCCAGAACAAAUUUGACUUUCUAGUUAAUGAUCAGGCUUCUCAACAGACUCAUUCACUUGGAUCUGAUAAUUGUCUUAUAUUAUUCUACAUUUUUUAUAAUAAUCUGCAAAUGAAGAUACUUCCCUCGCCUGAGUUUGCAAAAGUUUGGGAACACAAAACAGAUGAGGGGCUUGGAAGCUUGGAAACUAGACCGAAUUUUAUUAAAAUCAACUCAGUAUCCACUACAGAUAUUGCAUUUAUCAUGUCAACUUUACACACUGUAGUGUAUUUGAUUGAAUGCUUUUGACCAAUCACAUUUUUCGUAGUAAGGCUAAUGUAUAAGAAAAGACAUCAGAGCAAUACAAACCCUUCACCAAAAUACGAAUAAAGAUAUGAAACCUUUCAGUGUCUUUCAACUUACUAGAAAAGACUACUAUUAGAUUAUAGGUGCUGUUUUAAGAUUUGCUCAAGGGUUGUGUUAUGAUUGUAAUGCAGAUAUUUUUCACUCCUUGAUAGCAAAAUUGUCAUCAUUAUUGUCAUGGCUAUCAUGAUGAUUAUUAUUUUAACAUCAUCAUCAUCAUCAUUAUCAUCAUCAUCAUCAUCAUUGUCAUUAUUUUUUAAGGUAUCAUUCCACAGUCCAGUCCAAAUUACGGGGAUUGCUACUCAGGGAAGAGCUGACUAUAAUCAGUGGGUUAAAAGUUACACCCUAUCCUACAGUGAAGAUGGCAAAAAGUACUCAGUUUAUAGUGUUGGAGGGCGCCAAAAGGUCAGAAUAAAAAUUUGUUAUAUCCAACUCACUCAUGUCAAUUUUUCAUGUAAUUGGUCCCUGUACUAAUCCUUUAACUCUUAACCCUUUAUCUCCCAUGAGUGACCAAUACAGAAUUUCUCCUUACAACAUCAAUACAAUAUCAAGUAGACAAGUGAUGAGAAUAAAGAAAAAUAUUGAUUAGGGGAUCAUUAGUUGAUCCAGUACCAAAUUCUCCAAACUAAUAUCACAAGAACUAUAUGGCAGACAAUAAGGAGAAUUACUAUUGAGAUCUUGGGAGUUAAAGGUUUAAGAGUGGCACCGAAUCAUGCAUCAAGGUCACAACAAUAUCAGAAACAUAAACUAAAAAGUACUUGAUUUAUAAACAAAUUCUCCUCAUCUACACCUAUGAAAUGUAUGGAGAACAGUAUGGAGAAUAUGCCUCCUGAUGUUAGGAUGUUAAGGAUUAAAAUGAAUCACUGGAUUACUUCAUCAGCUAGAAAUUAAAUUUUCUACAACUUUUUCAAUCACUUUAUUUUGCUCUAAUAACUCUCACCAAGAACCAGGGUUUUAUGAAAAAAUAAAGCAGCUGGAGAGUCUUGUUAAGUAAAACAAGAAAAUUCUUCAAGUUUGAAUGAAAAAUAGGGCAAAUUAUAUAAAUUUAGCCUGAGAAUUCUUCAAGGUUCAUGGAUAUUUCCAAUGGCCCAUAAGCAAUGUGGAAUAUGUGGUAUAUUAUUUUUGAUAACAUUUGGGUAAUGUCUUGGUCUAUGGCUUGGGGUUGAGAAGGAAAAUGAAUGCUUAGUGUCUUUUCUAACAUUCACAGGUAUUUGGUGGAAAUGCAGACAGAAAUUCUGUUGUGAAACAUACCAUUUCACCCAGUAUUGAAGGCCGCCUACUUCGGCUUCAUCCCAGAUCAUGGAAUGGGCACAUAUCUUUAAGAAUGGAGCUCUAUGGAUGUCUGAAGGGUAAUUAAGUGAAUUGCAGACACAUUUUCCAUCUCAGGAAAACAUAAAGCUGCAGCUUAAAUAAUCACUAUAUCUGUCUAGUGUGCUCAGUUCUUCCUUUAAGUUACAUUGUUCAUAUAGUCUGUGAAUGUGUACAGCUUUCUCAGUAUGCAAAUACAGUUUUUCAAAUAUAUCCAAAAAAAUUAUGCAGUUCUGAGGAAAUCAAGAUGAACAUAAGUUGCCUAUUUUCUUGUCAUUUAAUGAAAUAAAGAAGGUGACUAAGAUAAAUCUUUUUCAGUUUGCAAGGUUGAUAUUGGUAUUUUGAUGGAUGAAUCUGGAAGCGUCCAAGCUGAAGAAUUUGAGCGGGAGAAGAACUUUGUGAAAGGUCUGGCUGAUCACUUUCAACUUGGUCCCAGGGCCACUCAGUUUGGUGUCAUCACCUUCAGCACCCAAGCACAACUGGAUAUCAUGCUUAAUCAGUACAGUUCUCUCUCAUCCUUUCAGAGUGGGGUGAAUAAAAUAAAAUAUAAAGGUAUAAGGAUUUAGCAGACAAGUAACUAAUUAAGCCUUAAAUGCACAAGUUAACUCUGGACAACCGGGUGUGGAACAACAAAAAAUUGUCACCAUGCAUAGGAAACAUUUUGAUGCAAUUAAAUAUUCUUUAAUUCUUAUACACCCUCCAGUGUUCAAAACACACUUUCUCCUUACAAUAUCAAAACAAUAUCCAGCAGACAAGUGAUGAGAAUAUUAAAAAUAUCAAUUAGGGGAUUAUCAUUUGAUCCGAUAUUAAAUUCUAAGAAAAAAUUUUGAUUCAGGGAUUAUCAUUUGAUCCAAUAUUCAAUUCUCAUUACUAAAAUUGUAAGCGAUGUAUGUCAGACAGUAGGGAGAAUUACAAGUACAACAAUGGGAUGUAGGUUGUUGUUUAGAUCAAGUUUAAUGUGUAUUUUCCUUUAGUUCAAAGUGAAUUAUCAUAAUUUUUAAAGAAAGAUAAAAAGUAACCAAUUAGUUCAAGAUGAUUUCAACCUGAAUUCUAUUUUGACCCACAACAUUUUUCUGUUAUUUUCUAGGUGGAUGGACCUACACUGGAAGAGCCUUGAACCUUGCUUACUCUCAACUGUUCACUUCUUCCAAAGGUGCUCGGGGAAAUGUUGCAAGGGUAAGUACAAAUUACUGUCUCCUAUUGUCUAGACAUUGAUGACAAUGAUAAUUGUAAUAAUGAUCAUAAGCCACAAGGUCUUGUUUCAAGUUUCAAAAUGACCCAGAUUUGGCGCUGCUUUGCACAACAUGCGGCAAUCUUUGCAAUCCUUCGAAACGUUUUCGGUAAUUUGCGGGAGUUAUCGGAUUUUUCCGCAAACUCUGGUUGUGUGGUUUAGAAAAUUACUUGCAUUUGACUAUAAAAAACUCGGAAGGUAUAUAGCAGAGGAUCACAAGUUAUAAUAAGGUUAACAAAUAGAUUGCAUUUUGCCGUGCUUCUGCUCAAUACUAGUUCACAGUUGACGUCAAAAUGUGCUAAGAACCGCCUCGUGUGUCACUGAUGUUGUUAUCACAUUUUGACACCUUCUUUGAGCUACCACUGAAAAGACCCACGGCAACUUAGAAUCUAUUUGAUUUAUAUGAUUAAAAAAAGCAAAAUGUUAUUAAUGGUGACGUCAUCUAUAGGUCUGUCCUCCAAUAGAUCAUAAGUAAGAACCAAUAAAAAUGCGUGUAGUAUUCAGCUUACCGUGUCAAUAGUAGAGGACCACAAGUUAUCAUCAAAAGGUCAAAUGUUGGGCUCCUCGUCACUGUUACUGACUAAAAAUCUUAUACUCAAGAAAUAACAUUCAAAAAGGCACAAAAUAAUGAAAUUCCGGAUCUAAGGAACUGACGUUGAUCCCAAAUCCGUCAAUUUGUCAUCAGUUGACUGUUGUUGAGUUAGGGGAGGGGUAGGUGCCCGGUUGCUUAGAUACUGACAUUAAUUUUCGAAAUCCCCCCUAUUAAAGGUAUUAGUGAUUAUCACAGACGGCCAGAGUACUGGAGGAAUUAACACUUUAAGAGAUCCAAUCAAGAAACUCAAAGAUGAUUCAGUAAAUAUCAUCUCUAUCGGUGUGGGAAAUAAAGCAAAUGUACACGAACUGAAGUUUAUGGCGACAUCUCCUACUUCCACUCACGUGUACUCAGUUCAGAACAUGGAUCAGUUAAAGAAUCUGAUUGGCUCCAUUACAUCGUCAUCGUGUUCCAGUGAGUUUUUUUUUCUCUCUUGUCCAAAUUUCUUUAGUCUAUUUACGCACAUAACAGUUUUGACAUUGCUGAUCUUAGAGGUAUGUAGGUAAUCAGUCGUUUCGCUUACGAGUCGUUUUGUUAACGACCAUUUCGCUUACGUCUUAGGUCGUUUUGCCAACGUCUAAGGGCAGUUCACUAACUUCUCCUAGGUCGUUUCUCUAACGUAUUACAAAACUUUUAGUGACUCCAUCGACUUCCAAUCGACUGAAAAUUCGUAGGGGAAUCGAGUCGUUUCAGUAAAUACUGAAAACAAAGCUAAAAAGAGACUUCAGUUAAAUUAUCUAAAACGUAAGAGAAACAACCUGUGAGACGUUAGCGAACUGACCCGAGACAUUGUCAAAACAACCUAAGACAUUAACGCACUGGUUGUCAGCAAAACGGUUCAUAGGCGAAACGUCUGCUAUGCAGUAUGCAGGGCGCGUUUCCGAUAUGAACUUAAAAAAGGUUUAGCUUACCGUAUAAUUCCAGUAGGUCUUUGGUAGACCAUGAGAGCGCGGAAUUGGAAGUCUGGGUAUCGAUUCCUCUCGAGGACUUUUUGUCUCACGCUUGUGUCAAGACAACAAACAUAGCCCCAAAAGUUUUCCUUUUGUGUAAAUUAGCAGGGAGGUUUCACUGCUCGGCUUAGACCCGACGCCGUCAGCGAAUUAGUAUUUCAAGAGUGAAAGUGAUAGUGAAAAUGCUGAGAUUCCGUUCAUUUGUUUGGUUUGCAGCGUAUAAUUGUCGUUACGUGACUUGUGAUUACAAUCAAUGGAGUGACUGGUCUGCUAGUUGUGGUAUCUCCAUGAGACGCACCCGAACAUUGAGCAAGGUCAAUGAACGUUACAUCAAGAGACAAGGAGGUUGCUCAGGGCUGAAAGUCACAUGCGAUAGACAACUGACUGAACUGAAGACCACAAACUGUAAGUUAAGUGCAUAAUUGUGUUUCAUCUAUUUAUUCCUUUACACCCUAGGAGUGAUAAACAUCUAAUUUCUCCCUGUUGUAUCACCCUUGAAUCGCACAUUAAGGUCACCGGAAUAAAGAAAUGAUCACAAACUGAAGAAGUUCUUGAUUGUUAAACAAAUUCUCCUUGUCAGCACCUCAGGAAAUGUUUAGAGAAUAGUAUGGAGAAUAUGCAUACUGAUGUUAGGGUGUCAAGGGUUAACAAAUAUAUUCCAAGUUGCCUUUCGUCUGUUCAGUAAACUACCAUUAUCUUAAUAUUUCGAUUUAUUUUGGGAGUUGCUUAGAAACGCAUAAAGAGAGAAAAAAACCAGUUCUAAUUUCACUUCAUCAUAAACUCCUUCUAAAAAUAAACAGCUGUGAACAAACACCGUGAUACUUUGAUAUAAGCGCACAUUAUCAUAACCUCUGCUAUGUGCUUGUGAGAUGAUAGGAAAGGUUUUUUAAACACUAUGAGUAAUGGGCUGUCAACGAGGUUAACACUAUACUUGGCAGGUCCUUGCGUUACCGUGACAUGUUCUUGGAAUUCAUGGGGUAGCUGGUCGUCCACCUGUGGAAGAAUGACACGACAGCGCACCAGCAAAGUCACGCAAUCCAUCAUUAACCGACCCAGCUGUAAAGGUUUGCAGACAUCGUGCCCCAAACCUGAAGUCCAGUCCCUAUACGUUUCCUGUAAGUAAAUAUAAUGCGUGGGUUUUGAUGAAAGAACCUUUUUAUCUUUGCUUUAAUUCCCAAGUCAAAGUGAAAUCAGUAAUACAGAGACCUACUGAGCACUCGUUGAAGUACUGUUACUGUAAUGACAUGAUAGGUCCUAAGUGACACGCAAGGUUUUCUUAAAAUUCUAAAUAUACACUUCGAAUUGUAGGUUGUAAGGGAGAAGUGGGGAUCUUAAUGGACGAAUCAGGAAGCAUCAGUGACGAUGAUUUUACCAAAGAACAAGACUUUAUUGUAGAUCUGGCCAAUGGCUUCACCAACUUUGGUCCGAACGGAUUACAGAUGGGUGUUAUCUCUUACAGCACGGACGCUUAUCUUGAUAUUAAACUCAAUCAGUUCUCUAACAAGAUGCAGUUUAUAAAAGCUGUGCGACAAAUCAAACAAUUCAGUAAGAUACACUUUCAACUGAUUAUUACGGUUCAGAGAGAAGUAACAGCAGUAGCGGUGACUUAUGGAUGCCUUUUGUAGCUCAAAGUUUAUCUAAGCUCUCAAUUAUUUUGUCAACAGAGGGCUGGACAUACACGAACAAAGCUUUGAUUGUGGCCAAGAAUCAGCUUUUCCAACUCUCGAACGGAGCCAGGCCUGGCGUGACUAAGGUGUGAAAUAAAAAUUAAAGAAACAGUGCCGUUUCAACCAUUUUAACCAUGACGAGUCACGCAAUCUUAGUUACACUGCGUAGAAUCCAAUCGUCUCCUUUGCAGUCGUUUUUUUAGUAUUGUCACACAAGACGUAACCAACCAAAACGUGUCGAGUCCAAAAACGGCUGCUAAAGAGAUUGCGCAGAAUUACGAUGGCCCACAAGUACCACACCAAAAGUAGCCUGCUCGCAGGCCCUCACUGUUAGUGCUCUGUGGUCCCCUUCCCCUUUUUUUUGCCCGCGAAAAGGUUUAGGCCUUGAGCGCCCCAAGGGGUCUGGCACUAAUAGUUAGUGCCACGCAGGUUACAGCGAAAGUUCCAGAUUAAUGCUGCACAACUGCUAAAAUUAUGUUAGCAGCUACCAUAGUGUAAUUCGUUAAUUUUGAAUUAAGGGAACAACAUAUAUUUUGAAAAUAACGAAACAUUAUUGCAUCCUUUGGUAAGAAAUGCGAAAAAGCUUUUCUUAUGAAAUUGUCUAAAGAUAUGAUCUCGACGAACACCUCCCUUUGUUUUCGAAAAGUGUGUUUGAGGACAUUUGAUGUUCUCAGUUGAGGAAAAACUGCCACGUAAAGGUCUCUGACUGUUAGAAUUGAGAUCUUGGAAAGUCCUCGAUAGUCCGAGAAAAUAACGACAUUUGACUAACAUGUAUUAUAAAACGAAAAAUGGUUUUGUCCUCUCUGCAGAUAUUAAUUGUAUUGACCGAUGGUGCCAGCACUAAUGGAUAUAAAUCGCUUAAAGUUCCUCUCCAAAAUCUCAAAGAAAGUUACGUGAAUAUAUUCGCCAUUGGAAUUGGCCACAACAUCAAUAAACAAGAACUAGAGCUGAUGGCCACUGGCCCGGUCAAUGAGCAUGUGUUUUAUGUGGCAGAUAUGGAAGAACUUCACACUCUAUUAACGGCACUUGGUGAAUCAGCCUGCAAAAGUAAGUGCCUAUACAGAGAAUGUUCGCCAAGCGUCCAUUCGAGAUAAGGAAUACGUCAAAGCGUUUGAGAGCUAAGGUAGAGUCUUGACCUUGGGGAGGGAGGGAGGGAGAGAGGGAAGGGAUGGUUAGCAUGAGCCUAGGGAAGAAGGAGAAAGUGGAGGGUGGUAGGGAGGGAGACGGUAAGGGGAGGGGUAGCACUGGCCCGGGGGAGGGGGAAGGGGAAGGGGAUGGGGAGCACUCAUUUUAUGUGUGAUCGGUGAAUGUGAUUGUCGGAAAUUUUUAACUAAAAACUUGAGAAGACUACUGGAAGGCCACUUUGUGUGCAGCUAUCUCCGCUAUUAAGAUACUUGAGAUACCAAUUUCUAUGGGUUUUUUUGCCAAAUACUGCAGAACUUCCUGUGCCUUUAUAUCUGAAUUAAACGUAUCACUAUUAGGUCUGAUAUAUUUGUGCCCUCAUCAAGCACGGUUUUCUUACUUUCAGAAUACAAGUGUGAGUACAUGAAAUGUGACUACAGCGUGUGGAGCACGUGGUCCACCACGUGUGGCAAAGGAAUGACUAGGAAGAGAACGCUGACCAAAAUGACUAAGCACACCAUUGAACAGCAGGGAGGAUGCUCUGGCCUCCCAACAACUUGCAAUAAACAGAACGUGGAAACUAAAGAUAGUAUUUGUAAGUGCUUUGUCAGGGGUGCCCCUUCCGAAAUAAGGUUCACGAAAUAUCUGAAUUGGUACGUAGCUGAAUUUUGUGCUGUGUUAUUGUCAGCCGUCCAAGAUUUGCAGGUCCUCAGGUUUAGCCUGCCAAGUCGGAAAAUAAGUUUGGUCGCCGCUCUCAGAACUCCGCCGUAAUUAACGAAAGUAUUUACAUUUCGUCACAUAUCAGGUCCAUGCAAAUACGUGACGUGUUCUUGGAAUUCUUGGGGAAGCUGGUCUGGAACGUGCGGUCGUAUCACACGACAGCGCACAAGUAAAGCGACGCAACAUGUGGUUAACAGACCAAACUGUAACGGUUUACAGACAUCGUGCCCAGCCCCUCAGACAGAGUCCACAUUUAUAUCAUGUGAGUGUCACUUUUACCGCUCUAUUUGUACAGUAUUAUACAAGGUAGAGAUUCUCUAUACUUGCCUGUCUGUUCGUAGAUUUUUUUCUCCGUCUGUAGGUACAACGUUUGCUAUUUUAACAGGUCAGAGACUACCUUUCUACUUGAAAGGAAGUCAGCUUUCAACUAUAUCCUUACUAUUUAUUGUUGCACUGUCUCUGUGAACAACUCUUUUUGUCUUUGUAACAGCCUCGUCCUUAGACGUUUAUGCUACUUGUGUAUUUACCUUUAUGCAUCAAAAUUUCAGGUUGUAAAGUCGAACUAGGAGUUCUCAUGGAUGAGUCUGGUAGUAUUACACCUGGUGAUUUCAUACGAGAAAAAAAUUUUAUCGCUGCUUUGGCAAAUGGUUUCUCUAAUUUUGGUCCGAACGGGAUUCAAAUGGGGGUCAUAAAAUUUUCUACCGGCGCAAACGUUGAGAUCAAACUGAAUCAGCAUGCAACGAAGGCAUCCUUCAUGGCAGCCGCAAGAAAAAUCCGCCAAAUAGGUGAGAUGUAAUCAAGAGGCUUAGAUUCUAACAUUCCUAGAUUCAACAGAAAAUCUCUCGGAAACGUUAAAUAGGAACGUUCUUAAAAAGGGCUACAUAAUUAAUUCCUUUGAUGUUCCUUUUUUUCCCCAAACGAUGUUGGUCUUGAUUAUGAUAAGUACCUUGGUAGUCGCACUUUUUAUCUUUAUACCACAUAUGCUCUCCGUUAUCUGGCUUUGAUAUACAUCCUUAAGACCUUGAUGACAUAAGAUCUUUGUAACAAAGUUUACUUCACCUUAAAGGUGGUUGGACCUACACCGGUAAAGCGCUCACCCUGGCUAAGACAGAGUUGUUUAAGGGCUCAAAUGGAGCAAGACCAGGAGUUACAAAGGUGACUGUGCAAUGAAUGCAACAGCUUCUAAUUGCGCUUUAAAAGUAACUCGGUAUGUGAUCGGACUAGAAGCCUGCGUUGCUCUUUCAAAUGAACAGAUACAAAAGUAACUUAUACCAAUCACAUCUUAGUGGUUUGUAUGUUGUUACUUCGUUUCUCAGUGGUUCUUUUGCAUUAUUCUGAGUAUCGUGAUGUUUUGAUUGUUUCAAUCAUAGUUUUACGAGAGGGAAACUCCUUUAUUCCUUUUAAAAGUUAUCCAUUCCCAAGAUCAUUUGCAAAGCGAUCUCACUACAGUCAAAUCUCUAUUACCCGGGCCUCGGUUAUCCGGAUAUUUCAAUUAUCCGGACGUUCUUUUCUGGUCCCAUCAUUUUUGAACAUUUAUAUUCAUCUUUUCGAUCAUUCGGAUUCUUGAUUAUCCGGAGUAUCAAGCCCAGUCUUCACGAGUCCGGAUAAUCAAGGUUCGACCGUAUAUGCCAUCUGAGACAAUAUCUUUGAUUUUUCCAAUAAAAUGAUUCUUUACCUCAGAUGUUACUAGUGAUCACAGAUGGAGCUAGCACUGGUGGUAUAACAUCUCUCAGAACUCCAGUUAAGGAUCUCGUAGACCUGAGAGUAAACAUAUUCUCAGUGGGAGUUGGAAAUAACCUGAUUAAGAGUGAGCUGGAGUUCAUGGCUUCAGAGCCUAAGAAUUCGCACGUGUUUUACGUCCGUGAUAUGGCCGAGUUGCCUAACUUACUUCAUACUUUGGCACAGUCGUCUUGUCAAGGUAAGGUUUGAUAUGGUUUCUAUCGCAUGGUGAGGCUGACGUUGUGUUGUGAAAUUGGUAAAUGUGGACGUAAGUAGAGUCAAAGAAGUAAUGCGCCAUGGUGUGUGUGUGUGUGUGAUCCUAGAGGCAUAUAUGGAGAUUCCUUGUUUAAAUGGAAUCCGUUUAAAAUCCGUUUCAAGGGAGGAGUAAACAGGCUUGGAAAAGGAACUGCAAGAAAAGCUCGAAAAGCCUUGUACUAACAGUGAUGAAAUAGAUUAGGAAAGAAGAGCUGACCCACUGGCAGCAAAAUGAAACUGGAAUGAAGGAUCUUCCUCUCAUGUUCUUAGCAAAUGUUAGCAGGAAUUUCCGUUACUUGUUUUGGGACACAUAGCUUAAUUGCACUAACUUUAAACAACGGGUUUUCUCCCGAACCACAGAGACAAGCAAACCGCAAAGGCUGCCAAGUCCGCGAAAAACGAGAAUCCCCACGUACAGAAGUUAUAUCGAAUUUUGAAAUAUUACAUACUUUAUUGUUCCAACAUUAAUUCCAAUUUCCAUCUUGCAUGAGCUUUGGUACCAGCAAUAAAUGACAAAACGAUUAUCAACAUUUAUAGAGAACAAAAUGUUUUUUUGUCUCAUCUUUAGCCUUCAAGUGUAAAUAUGUGACAUGUGACUAUAGUGCAUGGUCUGAGUGGUCUAUCUCGUGUGGUAAGGGAAUGAAAAGAAGGAAAACGCUGACCAAAGUGAACGAACACAUUAUAGAGCAGCAGGGAGGAUGCUCUGGUCUUACAACAACCUGCGAAGAGGAGAAAGUUGAAACUAAGGACAUGGAUUGUAAGUAGAACCGUGCCCUUCUGGCUGUCUCUUUUCAUUUUUGGUUCGACUGUUUGUCUGAUUUUCUCCUCGUUAGUCACAAUCAGUCUGUUUAUUUUUGGCACUCAUCUUGUCCGCAAGGAUGUUUUGACUUUUGCUGUAUAUAUAGUCCUUAAUUUCCGCCCAAAUGAGAAUUUUUUCUCUUUCUAAAUUAAGUCAAGACAGUUCGUGUACCUAACAUUUUUUUACAACGUCAAUAGCUGCAUCUGUCUUGCGACCGUUUUGUGUUGUUAGGUCAGUGUAGGUACGUCACGUGUUCAUGGAAUCCUUGGAGCGAGUGGUCUGCCACGUGCGGUGUCAGCAUCAGAACAAGGACGCCUAUAGUAACACAGCAUGUGAUAAAUAAACCAUCCUGUGAGGGACUGCAGAAAUCAUGUCCGAGAGCUGAACGUGAAAAGAAAAUAAGUAAUUGUGAGUGUGAUCACCGAGUAUUUCGAGAACCUACUACUGAAGAAGACUAAAGUAGCUCAUUCCCGUAUCGCCCAAAGCCUUUUCAUCAAAGCGAGAAUUGGUGCACAAUCAGUCAUAUCAAAUAGGAGUGAUUUGCGUGCAUUUUUUUACACGAAGGAAUCAGCAUUAAGACUCAAUUUCAGAACGAGGCUAGGGGUAAACCUGAAAGGAACUUUUUCUGGGUUUCAAAAAGUCUCACUUUGAGAAAGAUCCUUUCCUCAAAACAUUUGUUGAGAAAUUGAGUUUUAUUGAUAUUAGAAAAAAAAAGUAAACUUGAUAUAGAAGGCUGCGCUUUCCAGCUUUUUUAGAAAGGAGAAACUGGUUAUCGCUGAAAUAUCCUUACGCCUCAUUACUUCCUUUUAUCUCUCGCUGUUUUGUUAUAGGUAAAUGAGACAUUACUGUUCUCCUCAGCCUCUGUCAAAGUCCUCUCACUUCCGCUCUCGAGCUCGCAAAUCCUAACGGAUCACACCUUUUUUGUUUAAAAACUUGUCCAUCUGCUAUGGAACAAUGGCUUCCUCGUGUAUCUUUAUUUAAUCUUCCAUGGUUGCAUUUCCACCCGCCAUAAUAAUGGUUUUGCAUUCUUCGGCCACUGUAGAUAGAAUUUUAAGCCUUUCACAAGUAGUAGCAUAUGUUAUUUUUCGUCGUUUUUCCCCUAGUGGACAAGAAUUUUUUUCAUCUUAGAAACAUUAUCGUUAUUCUGUGAAUUAUUCUUAGGUCCAUGUAAGUCGGUCAAAUGUACCUGGAAAGCAUGGUCUGAUUGGUCAGCGACAUGUGGAAUGGCGGAGAGAACACGGUCCAUCCAGACCACUGAAAUUGUAGUCCCUCAAAAGAACUGCUCUGGACUGCCACAGACUUGCGAUGAACAGCCUGAGAAAGAAUACAGGAAGACCAUGUGUACGUGUCAGACAGUACAGUGUGCCUGGAGCGAGUGGAGUGACUGGUCUGCCACUUGUGGGGCAGCCAAGCGCACAAGAAAAAUACAGUGAGUAUUACUGUAUUUAUUAUUGGUUAUUGCUCUCCUAGGAAACUUUCUGGAAAGUGAUAUACUUUGUUGGUUAUCAACUAUUAGUUUAUAAAAGCAGAUAGAGCCUGUGGCGAAGUUUGGAAAGCUUACAUUUCCAGCGUUCAGCCUUCGUCAGGGGUAGGUAAGUGCCCUCAUGGAGGUGAAGUUGUUGGGCAUUCACCAACGAUAACUCGCUGGAGUACACUUUUACUCAAAUGUGUUUGCAAGUGUCUGUCUUUGGCCUUAAACUCAUCAACACAUGCAUCGGGAAAUUCCAUCUUUGACAAGUUUUACCUAGACUACCCUUCUUUUCUAAAGGUGCCGUGUCAGUUUACUGACAAGAGGGACUCGUAAGAGAUAAUUUUCCUUAUUUUUCCGUCUUUACUGCCAAGAAAUUUGUGGAGGAAAGUUUGUUAUUUUGAAUGCAGCUUACUUACGAUCCUCUUUUAUCUAUGUGGUGAUUAAGCCUGUAUUUUACGGCAAUCAGUUGUCUAUUGACUAAGCAUCUCAUCUUUUAAAUAUACCAGAACAUCGCAGAUAACGGUGCAAAAAGAGAGUUGCGAUGGAUUGCCACAAUCUUGUCCCCAGCCCCCAGAAAGUGAACACAAGACAACGGAUUGCGCAUGUCGCACUGUCACUUGUGAUUGGGAGGAGUGGUCCUCUUGGUCUACAAGCUGUGGCAUUGGAACGCGCACACGUGAUAUUAAAGGUACUGAAAGGUUUGAAUUUGAAGAAAGAAUACGAAUGCUGAUUUGUUGGCACCUAUUUUUGUUUUUUAACCCUAUGAAGGAACUAAGUUUACCUGUACUAUGGUGAAAAACUUUGAAGCCUCCAAACACCUAAUAGUCAACUUGAGAACAGCAACUCGAAGUCUUUUAUCAUUUUGUUUUGUAUUUGUUUUUGCACGUUCUGUGAAAGGGCCAUAGGCUUGAUUGGUUAUAACCAGACGCGUAUAACAGGGGUUAGAUCCUUCUGUUAUAACUCAGUUUAGUUGCAAAGCCUUGAACUGACAGAGUCGUGUACCGAUUCUGGUUUAAUUCUCACACGGCUGGAGUUCGUUAUUUCCUAAUCUCAUUUCUCCAACCGUCUGAAAAUUUGUUUCUGCAAAUGCAAAGGCUAAAGGUACUACAACUAGUUAGUUGCAGCUGUCCCGGGUCUGGGAUUAUCGUUCUCCUCACAGAUCACUCGCAUAUGAAACCUUUUAACGUACGGCUUCUUAAAUUACGGUUUACGGUAUAUUUUCAGAAACUGUAAUCAUAGUCAACAAGCCCAACUGUGAUGGCCUCCCACAGAAGUGCACUGAGAAACCUCAGACUGUCUCACGUGAAGUGAAAUGCAGCUGCCCUACAGUGAACUGCGAGUGGAAUCUGUGGAGUCAGUGGUCUGCUACAUGUGGAGCAGCCACGCGGAGAAGAUCGAUUAAAACUAUCAAGGUUUAAAUAAAAAUAUUUCAAUUCUCUACGUAACAGGUAUUGAAUUAGCGCACAUAAGAGGAGAAAAGGACGAUACCUCUCUAUUCUCAUGAUCGCGCGCUUUUCAAGUUUCAGUCGAUAAUUUGUCUUCCAUGUCUCCUGUGUCCUUGCCUUUUCAACUUAAGCAACUUAUGACAAACUUGGGCAACUUAUACCAAGUUGACCGGAAAAGACGACUGAAGAGAUCUAAAAAGUAAGAGCGUUUUUUCAAGGUGGAGCCAAAUUGAACGCGGAUAAGGUUACAGUAGCAGUCCAUUUAUAAGCAUGAGAUACUUUGCAAGUGUAUUUAUAAGGCUCGUUCUGAUAUUUGUACAUAACAUUCUCCGUACGGGACUAGACUACUUGACUAAGCACAUCGUUUUUGUAAAUGUAAUUGACGAAUUAAGAAAUCCAUUUAGGUCUCCGAAAGGAAAUAAUGAGUGCAUGUCGUCUUUUCUAGACCACAGUGCAAAAGUUGAAGUGUGAAGGCCUUCCCCAGUCUUGUCCACAGCCUCCCCAAACAGAAAAAAAAACAACAAACUGUAAAUGCUUACAAACACUUGUGCUACUUAAAGUGUUUGUAAGCUUUAGCUUUUUCGUACGCUAUAAAACAGUCCUUAAGCAACCACCGAAAGAAUAGAUGAAGAAAGUAGGCAAGGUUCCCUGAAAAAAAUUGUGACCUUGCAUUUUGUCUUUUAGACCACAGUACAAAAGUUUAAGUGUGAAGGCCUUCCUCAGUCUUGUCCUCAGCCUCCACAAACAGAACAAAAAACAUCAAAUUGUAAAUGUAAAACCGUCAACUGUGAGUGGUCUUUGUGGUCCUCUUGGUCCACGACAUGCGGUGUGGGAACAAGGAAAAGAAAUAUUGAAGGUAAUCUAUAGAAGGUAUUUUAACUUCGUUUUAGAAAUGUUCGAGGCCUUUCCCUUCAGAAGCAGUAAACAAAUGGUUUUUGAGUAGAUUGUUCACUUGUCUCUUUGAGGUCACUGGGGUGAUGUAAAGGGUUGCAAACUCGAGGUAUCUCUUCUCCCUUCUAGUGCAGUCAAUUCCUUAGUAAUAUCCGCUACUUUUUCAUUACAAAGAUUACCCUGAUAAUUUUCGCGGUUCUCGUAUGGUUUGACCUUUACUUUUCCUUUGUUGUUUCACAAACUAGAAACUGCAGUGGAAGUUUUCAAGCCGGAUUGUAGCGGCCUUCCUCAAACGUGUCCUCAGCCACCAGAGUCUGAAGCUCGUGAACUAAGAUGUACCUGCCCGACAGUGAAAUGUGAAUGGAAACAGUGGAGUGCUUGGUCAGCAACAUGCGGCUUAGCUUCAAGGACAAGGACUAUAGAGACUAUUAAGGUUUCAAGAUUAACUUUCACUGAUUUAGUUUAUACCAUGAGCGUGGGACAAAGUCUUUACUGCCGAAGUUUUACCUAUGACCGUCUGCACACGAGUCAGAUAGUCUGGCUAUCGGGUCUAAGUACUUAAUUCCAAUUCUUCUUUUACGCCAUAUAGUUCGUGUAAAGUGGCAUGGAGUUUUGGUGGGGUUAUAUGCGAGGGUACUCAGAGAGAUAGCUCUAUAACCCAGUAAUUGAAGGAGGGGGGAGGGCUUCUACUUUUGGGGUCUUAUGACUGCGAUUUUUAUUGUUUUGAGGCACCUGGAGAGCAAAAUCAUUAGAGAUCGUUAGGCAAUGAAUUAUAAGGUAAUGCAAGUCUUUUAUUGUAGAAGAUAUGAAAGGCAGAAAGCUAACCGUCUAUUCGGUACUGCCUUCCUGUGAAAAACUUUUCCUACUUGUAAUUGUAGUAUUCUGCUUUUUUUACUUAAAUAUACAAUAGUUUAGCUAUUUCAUAAACACUCCCCAGGCAACCACCAAAGGUAUAAGUGACCAAAGGUUUUUAGGCUUACUGGAAAAAGAAUUGACCUUGUUUUGUCUUUCUAGACCACAGUACAAAAGUUGAAGUGUGAAGGCCUUCCCCAGUCUUGUCCACAGCCUCCACAAACAGAACAGCAAACAACAAACUGUAAAUGUAAAACUGUCAACUGUGAAUGGGCUUUGUGGUCCUCUUGGUCUACAACUUGUGGUGUAGGAACAAGAACAAGGAAUAUUGAAGGUAAUCCAUAAAAAAAAGUUUUUACUUGUUGCAACCAUUCUUCAGCGCCUACACUGAAAGAGGCACUUGUGUAAUGGUAUUAAAUUUUAUGACGGUUCACCAUGUUUUGGGUCUUUUUGAUGAUGUGGAAAACUGCUUUAGAAUAGAAAAAUAUGUGAAAAUUAUAGUUCUCUGAGAUAUUCCAGUUCUCAGAAAUACGUGGAUCUCAAGAAAUGACAAGGAUUGUUGAGGAGAAAGAAGAUUGUAAGUGAUAGCAACAGAAACUCUGUACUCAGUAGCUCAUGACAUGACGUCCUUUGUCAAACUUUGUAGAAACAGCGGUGGAGGUGUUUAAGCCUGAUUGCAGUGGUCUUCCACAAACCUGUCCGCAACCGCCAGAGAACGAAGCACGUGAGAUUAAAUGUGAUUGUAAAACUGUCAACUGUAAACGUGGCGAGUGGGAGGCUUGGUCUGCAACGUGUGGAUUGGCGACACGAAAGAGAUCCAUUACUACUGAACAGGUUUGGAAGAGAACCUCACUUCUUGUAUUCCUUUGGUGUAAAACGAUAUAACCAGUUCAAAGAUACUGAAAAUGUUGUCAGCUCUCUUCUGAUCUGACUUAGUAGUUUGAUUUUUUUACUUCUCCUAGAAAAUAAUUAAAAAAAUGAAGUGAAAAACAAAACAAAACAGAAUGUUUCUGGUUGCUAACCCCGUCACUAUUAUAAACGGGUGGCUCCGUGAGCGAGUAAGAUGUUUCUACUCCUGUGUUCCAGUCAUCGGCUAACAGAGGGGCGAGUUAGUCUUGUCGUUUAACAGAACGGGCAAUUUCGUCUUGCCAUUUCAAACUGCUGGCUUUUUUCUCACACAUGAGAAAUUCACUGGAGUGAUCUUUUGCCAAACGAUGAACCUUUUCGUUUUCUUCAUUGGUUCUAAAUGAAGUCGCGGUCCAUAAGAGGCACAAACGAAUUGGCCAAUUUUUAGCUAUAGUAACUUCAGGUUUGCCAAUUAUGCAUGCAUGUAAAAAGCGUUUUUCUCCCCUCCGCUCGUAGAUUGUAGUGCAAGAGACAAACUGCGAUGGUCUGCCUCAAUCGUGUCCGAGCGGACCUGAGACUGAAACCAGAAAGACUAUGUGCACGUGCCAGUCAGUAACAUGCUCGUGGGGAAGCUGGAGCCAGUGGUCUGGAGAAUGCGGCUUAGUAAACAGAACACGACAUAUUGUGGAGACACAAACAACUGUUCAAGCAGAGUCUUGCGAUAGCGUCCCUACCAAAUGCACUCAGCAACCAGAAACUGAGAACAACAAACUCCCAGAUUGUAAGUAAUAAGAACGUCAUGUAAUUUUGGAUCGCCUUUAGCCACGCAAAAAGUUGCCACAAAUUUGAAGGAAAUUACAUAUCCAUCACUCGUGUUAUAAAGUCCAAAAAACACAAUCGAGAUAACUAGGGACAACAACAACAAACGAGAAGUAAUGGAGAAGAUUGAAACGGAUUGCAAAUGGCAGUGAAAAAGCGGUUGUUUUAAUGAGCCCUUGGAUAUAGUUUUGUGAUAUUGCGUGACACGACUUUGACACUGAAAUAAUAACUGACAUUGUGUGACACAUCAAUCACUGAUAUUACGUGACAUAUCACUUAUUGUACUAAUGUCCUUAUCAUGGUGGAUUGUUUUUGUUAAGGUGAAUUGUGCUACACAGUGGAAUGCAAUUUCAACCCUUGGAGUUCUUGGUCAGCAACUUGUGGCAAUGCGUACAGGCGGCGCCUCCAGGUGAUCGAAGAAAUCGAGGUUUUUAAGCCGAGCUGCGACGGACUACCUUUGGAGUGCUUUGGUGAUGAGAUACAGGAGGAGACAAGAAAAACUCCGUUAUGUAAGAAUAGGGGAGGAGAGGCACUGACCAAUAUCAGCCAAUAUCAUGUUGGUUAUCUUUCCUACAAACAACUUUAAAAGAAUGUUUGGGCCAUUCUUCUUCCGGUUAAAAAAAAAUAGAUUAAGUGGAAGGGAACACCAUGCAAGUGAAAACGGGGAAUUAUUCUACCUAUAAUUUACUUCCCAAGGGUAACUUUAGAGAAAUUUUGUGACCUUAAAGCUCCAUUCGAUCUGCCCCUUCUCGUCUCCAUUUUGCUUUUCCCGCUGAGGAGAUGAGAUUUUGAUUUUGGUUUUAGAUUGUUACGCGUUUGUGAGAUUGGCCACCACAAAUGAACAAUAACCAAACCAAGAAUGGUUAUAGUUUUUUUUAGUCCAAUCCUAGAUGUUAUUGCAUCAACUUCAACCAAAACUCGGGAAUACUUUGGACAGUAAUCAGAAUAAGAGAGAAAGUUAAGUUGUAGCUCGUUGUCGACAGAAGAAACAUGUUUAAUACUUCCACAUCUCAUUUGAAAUGGCUCUUAGUCUUAUUCAAUAGUCAGUACGUGUCUGUUCCUUUUUGUAGGUCCAACUACCAAACCUCCUCCAACGCCAACAACCUGAUUCAAAGAGGUAAGCUGUCAAUAUUUUCGACAUGUUAUUCAAAAUCGAAGGUAAAAUUGUGGAUUUUGAGAUAUCAAAUUGUAACCUGGUGCACUCUUUCCCACUCAAAGUUGACUCUCUCAUGGAACAUCAUACAUUUCUUCUUUGACCCUUUUUCCGAUUAUUGCCGAAAAUUUGGUUUGUCUUAAGACAGUACCCACUUAUUGAUGAUUUAUUUUAUUAACAUUGCCUGUCUAAAAUUCUAAAGCGAAUUGAUCUUCUGAUCACUCCUUAAAGUCGAGGGCACAAUCGCAGUGAUAGACUGUGGUGAUUCGGCGAGUCGCAUCUUUAGAUUCGCGGUAUUUGCAAUUUAGAAAACUUAAAUGAACUUAACCAUCAGUUCAAUUUUUUUUUUCAAUUUUAAUGGCAUCUUUAAUUUGAUAUGUUUCUGUUUUGGACAAUUCGUUGACCAUUUUACCAUUUUCUUCACACAGAUGACCAGCUUACGUGGCAGAACUAAGAAGGGCCAAUUCUGGGGAAUAUUAUACAGUUGGUAGUAAAAACAUUUCUUAAGACGGUUCGACAUUUGGCGACAAUGUGUUUUUGGAUUACAUCUGAUAGACAACUUGCGGUGGUAAACGAUAAAAAUAAAGAUUAACUAAAGAAAAUAAUGGUUCUUCGUUUCUUGUUCAUGUUUUAAAUGC